GCGCUGGCGUCGCUCGUGCGGCCAACACGUGCGAGUCGAAGAGGAAAGUUGUAAACAAAGCGGCGUUGGAAGGAUUUUGGCGACCGGAUUUCGAUUCUGCGGACGGCUAUGGUGGUCGAGUGCGAGAACUACUCGGACGUGGAGGUCGUGGUCGGUUCGUACGAGGAGUUCGUGCUCGGCUUCAAGGCCCUCAAGACCGAGGACGGCAUGGUGAGGUUGUCGCAGAGUUUCGCCAACCACUCGCACCGGGCCAGCGUGCGGUGCGUGGCCGGGGGCGGCCGCUUCAUGGCCUCCGGGGGCGCCGACGACAACGUCCAGCUCUACGACAUGAAGCUGCGCAAAGAGAUGGGCGUCCUCAUGCACCACGACAAAACGGUGACUUGCGUGGCGUUUGCUGGUUCGACGCACCUUUUGAGCGGCAGCGACGACGGCCAAAUUGCCCUGUGGAGGAGCGGCAGCUGGCAGUGCGAGAAGGUCCUGCACGCCCACACUGACACGGGGGUCACUGCCCUCGCCGUCCACCCCAGCGGAAAACUUUGCCUCUCUGUCGGCAAGGACGGAACACUCAGGACGUGGAACCUUGUGAAGGGCAGACCUGCGUACACAACAAAUCUGCACGCAGUGGGUGAGGAGGUUGCGUUUUCGGAGGACGGAUCCUUGUACGCCGUCCUCAAACUGGUCAAGGGAGGCGCCCACGUGCUGGUCGACGUUUACAAGACGGAAAUCGCAGGGGUCGUCUACUCGAUCGACCUACGCACCAGACUCUCCUGCAUCACCUUCCUCCAGGAUGACCUGAUUGCUGUUGGGACGGAUACGGGGCUAGUUGAGGUGCACAGGGUGUCCUCGAAAGGAUGUGUCUGCAGAUUCGAAACCAAGGCAGACAGGGUCAGGAAAAUCAGCGCCUGCAGGUUUGCCUCAGGCGAGACCUGGCUCAUCACGGCCGCCAGCAACGGACAAAUUUCCAUUUUCAGUUUUAAGAAGAGACUGAGUGAGGAGAAUGGGGAGUUGAGUGUCCCGAAGCUGAUUGGGUCCGUCAGCACCGGUUGCAGACCAACCUGCCUGGCCCUGGUGGUGUCGCCUCAGGGUGCGGUCGAACCCAAGGUCAAGGGUGAGCAGUUGGAGGAGAAAAUCUUGCUGCCAGAGGUCAGACCCACCAUUCCAAAGAGGGGCGUGGUCACUGUCGAGCUUGAGGACAGUGACGAGGAAAAAAAGAAGAAGAAAAAGGACAUCAAAGGUAGGAACAAAAAUGCGGUUGCGAAAAAGAAGAGGAAGAGAAGCGCCGGCAAAAGUGGAAAAGACUAAAUUAAAGUCAAAAAUUUGUUAAAAUAAAAAAAAAAUGCAAUUAGUUUAUUAAGUCUUGUUAAAUUCUCAC